UUUCUUAACAAAAGAUAUAGACUGUUAUGAAAUAGAUCUUAAAAAGGCUUAGACCGUCAACAGUUAAUUUGGUGUCUUCACUUUUUCAUUUCUUGCUGCUUUCCUCUAAUUAUAAACGUUCCUAGAUUGCAAUGGGACUGUUAUAUGGAAGGGGAAAGCAACACAGGGGCUGUUAAAAUAGAUAUCCAUGAAAAUGGUAAAGGUGAAUCAAAAAGUACAAUCCAAGAUGAAGAGAGGGAAUGCCCGUUGGAAGGGGACAGUGAAGCCAAAGCAAGGACUGAUCAUGUUAAAGGUAGCAAUUCUUAUGUGAAUAACGAAGAAAAUACAGAGACUGCUCAAAUAGACAUCAGUGUAGGUAAACAAAAUGGAGAGAGGGAAUGCCUGUUUGAAUGGAAGAGCAAAGGUGAAUCAUGGAUUGAUCAUGUCAAACAUAAGUAUGUAGCUAAAGAGGACCGCAGACGAAAAUCAUCUCCUGAUGUGUCUAUAUAUCGUGUGCCUGAAUCCAUAAAGAAAACCAAACGAGAUGCUUAUGAUCCCCUGGUUGUAUUUCUUGGACCUUUUCAUCACAAUAAACAUCAGCAGCUGACUGCAAUGGAUGAAUAUAAGCUUCAAGCAGUACACAGAACCAUGGAAAGGCUGCAUGGUAAGACCAUAGAAGAUUUAGUCUCAAUGGUUCGAGAGCUAGAGGAAAAGAUCAGAGAUUGCUAUGAAGAUUCAGCCAUUGAAUGUGAUGGAGAUACGCUUGCCUGGAUAAUGACCAUGGAUUCAUGCUUCCUUCUCGAAUUCCUUCGAAUGGGCUUACCCAAUUCCAGUCUUAUUUUCCAGCGCGAACGACGUUGGAACAUUAAAAGGCGAGAGAUGGAAUCAGACAUUUUGAAGCUGGAAAAUCAGAUUCCUUUCAUCGUUCUGAGAAUGAUAGCAGACAUGGUCUAUGGGUCUGGAGCAGUGAGGGCCUUAGCAGGUCAAUUAAGCAGCAUCGGCGGGUAUUUUCAAGGUUAUCCGUUUACAUUCGGAGAUUACGAUGCAGCUCAACUACCCAUCCUUAUUGAAAGAAACCCAUGCCAUCUUUUAGAUUUGUCAAGACAGGUGAUCGCAGAUUUCUUUACAAAAUCUGUUUCUAAUCCCGAGUCUCCUGAUUUCUUGUCAAUAUAUGAUUCUGGUAGUGAGCCUGCUAUACCAGCUAAAUGUUGUGCUCGUUUUAGAGGGGCAUGUUGGACGGCUGUAUCAAGUUGUCUGCCACCAUCUCGUGCAUCUUCUGAAGUACAAUAUGCAAGCUUGAUACCUUCAGCAGAAAGGUUGCACAGAGCUGGAAUUAAAUUGGAGGCAUCCGUUGAAGGAAAUGUCGAUUUUAAACGCAGACUUUUCCGAAGCAGUACACUUUCUGUCCCUCAAAUCCUUGUUGAGGACGACACGGAAAUACUUCUAAGAAACCUGGUGGCUUUUGAAGAGUGUCAAAUGCACGACGAUUCUCCAAUUAAGCGAGUAAUUUCUAGCAACAUGUGGAUAAUGGAUCAACUAAUUAACUCCAAAGAGGAUGUUCAGCUGCUCGAGAGAGUUGACAUUAUCAAAAAUUAUCUGGGGACUGAAGAUGAAGUGGCUAAAUUAUUCAAUAAUUUGUGCAUCGGAAUCACCAGCACUGAUGAUAUUUCGACAAAUAUUAGCGGACGUUCCAAAGGCUGGGGGGAUAUUAGAGAACUUUGUAGAGAGAGUGAGGACUUGAGGCAGAUGAGUAAAGAGUUCCAAGAGUACCGUUGCCCAAACACGUGGUAUAUUGUCUCUUUUGUGGUAGCUGGAGUACUAUUCGUAAUGACCCUUUUGCAAACCAUCUAUACUAUGAAAAGUUAUUUUCAAUCCCAGUAAGUUUUUCCUUAGUGGAUCUGUUGCAUCUUAGAGUGGAAGAUUCAUGUUAUUUGUAUUAAUUGUAUAAAGAACUGUUUUUAGUACAUUUAUUGCAUUUUAGAAUAGAGGAUUCAUGUUUACAAGA